CAUCAGCCCACUCUCAGGCAGUACUGGAACCAUGAGCAAUAAUGGAACAGACCUGCCCAUUGGUUACAUCUCAUCUUCUGUAGCUAUCAUUUUGUUUGGCUCAAACUUUGUACCACUUAAAAAAUAUGAUACUGGUGAUGGAAUGUUUCUCCAGUGGGUCCUCUGUGCUGCCAUAUGGUUGGUUGCCUUGGUGGUCAAUCUGAUAUUACAUUGUCCUAAGUUUUGGCCUUUUGCAAUGUUUGGGGGCUGCAUUUGGGCAACAGGGAACAUUGCUGUUGUCCCAAUUAUCAAAACCAUUGGUUUAGGCCUUGGAAUCUUAAUCUGGGGAUCAUUUAAUGCCUUAACUGGCUGGGCAAGCUCAAGGUUUGGCUGGUUUGGAUUGGAUGCAGAAGAAGUACCAAAACCACUGCUAAAUUACAUUGGUGCUGGGCUAUCAAUAGUAAGCGCUUUCAUAUUUUUGUUCAUCAAAAGUGAAAUACCAAAUAACACAUGUUCCGUGGAUACAACACCAUUAAUAACAGAGCCUGAGAUCAACAAAACUCGAGAUCCCUGUUCCUGGGUGGAUAAACUUUCUACAGUACAUCACCGCUUAGUGGGCUGCAGUCUUGCAGUGAUAUCUGGAGUACUCUAUGGAUCUACAUUUGUGCCAAUUAUUUAUAUCAAGGACCACAGCAAAAGAAAUGAUAGUAUAUAUGCAGGGGCGAGCCAGUAUGGUGAGAGUAAAAAGUUAUUUAUUUUAUAAGCAAACUUAUUAAUACCCAUUUUCUGUGAAUAUAAAAAGAAUUGUAAUAAUAGUAAAUAUUGGUAUACAGAGUUGGUCUUACUUUUUCAUUUAAAUGGAGGGUUCCUGUCAGGAAUACUUUGGGCAAUAGCUACCUGCUGUUGGUUCAUAGCCAAUCACUCUCUAAGUGCUGUGGUCAGUUUUCCAAUAAUCACUGCUGGUCCCGGAUUUAUAGCUGCAAUGUGGGGUGUCUUCGUGUUUAAGGAAAUACAGGGUCUACAAAACUACCUAUUAAUGACACUUGCGUUUUGCAUCAUCGUGACUGGAGCAUUAUGCACUGCUUUUUCUAAAAUCUAACACUCACAAGACCAGCAGAUGGUAGCCAUGGUUGAGAGAACAUCUCUACUGGACACUGGAGAGAUUUUGCUGAGAACAGAGUUCAUUUUCACACAGCAAAUGGAUCUCAACCAAUUUUGGAGUGGGGUAAAUGAUUUUUUCCCCACAAAUGUGAGAAUGAAGGAAAACAGUUUCAGCUUAAUAUAAAAAUGAAAAAUUCUUCUGAUGAACGAUUUGUGACGGUAGGACUUUACUGGGUGACUAAAAUAUGUAUAUUAUUAUAACAUUAUAUCUGAUGGUGCUCCUUUUACCACAAUACAUACCUAGUGUUGCAAAAAUCUAGAAAACAGUUCAUAUACAAAGAAAUUACAGUCCAAAUUUCUAACUUUUUACCUUCAUUCAUGAAGAGAGGCAGAAAUAUUUUAUGAGGGGAGAAGGGAGAGGACGUACCUUAUAACGGAAUUAGAUUACAAAGAUAUUUGGAUCUUUUGCUGGAUAAAGUGAAUGUCAUGGUUGAUAACUGAUGUUAAAAAGACUACGUUUUUUAUUUUUUGCCUAAAUUUAUUUUUACUUGAAAUGAAUAUUGCCCAACUCUACAUUAUCCACCCAUCUUAGCUCGAAGUGCUUUUGAUUUUCUGCAGAUAAAAUUCAUCCUCAGAGAACAGAAAUUUCCCACCACUGAGAAUAUAUAUGCAUAAUUAUAAUACCUAUAUACACAAGCACACACACAUACAUAAAUACACACACAUAGAUGUAUGUACUGUUCCAAAUUUGAGGGAAAUUCUAGGGUCACUAAGGUGAGGUUCUAGCUUGUCAGUGACAAUUGAAAGGGACCAACGAUCUUUUGAAUGUACGAUUAUUUGUUUCUGAAAUAUACUUUUCCCAAAUCCUUUCAACUGAAGGCUUUUCUGUUUGCUUUCAGUUUUAGCUGGUGGUUUCCAGUAGGCAAAAUAAAAUGAUAGACAUGCUUGUUUUAUUUCUUUAAGAAAACUGAAGUGGAAUUGCUAGUCAGUAUUUGUUACGAAGGUUUCCAAAAUCUAAAAAUAAUAGAAUUCCUAAUCAAAUGUGAAAUUUACCCAUUCCCAGCUAGUACAUUACUUUGCCUGUGCAGGAGAAACAAAACACUAUUCUACUUAAGUGCAGGAAUUCUGAAGCCAACCUGCAUGGAUUUAAAUCCCACCCCACUUCAUCUUCAUGUGUGACUUGGGACAGGUUCCUGAGCCCCUGUCUCAGAUUCCUCAUCUGUAAACUGGGGUUAAUGAUAGUGUUUGUCUCACAUGGUUAUUACAUGGUUGAAAUUAGUUAAAAUCUUGAAAUCCGUCCAUGAGUGUCUGGUACUUGGCAAACACUAUAUAAUUGUUAACUAUUAUCAAUAUGUGUUGUUGGAGAAAGAAAACAAAUGUCUAUAGAAUGGAGAAUACCUUGUAAAAGCGACUGCUCUCACUACCGCCCCAUCCAAACAAUUACUUGUUAUUCUUUCAUAUAAAUACUAUUUUGAAAUGAUA